AUGUCUUAUGUGCUCGCAAAUGCUUCACGGCUGAGGCCCGAUAUUCGCCUUGCGCAGGCUGUUUCGCAGUUCGAAGCGGACCUCUCGAGCGAGCAGAAAAACAGCUUUCGUACCUAUAGAUCACAAUCGUGCGAUUCCCCUCCAGAUCCUAGCGAUGUCAUGCGACUUACAGCCGAGAUUGACUGUCGCGUAUCUGGAAAGGUCGGCGGCGGGCGUUGCUUUGGACCACGGCUGACCAAUUUCCUACAAGGCGUUCAGCAGUUCGCUGCACUUGGGGAUAUCAUCGUGGGCGGCUCUCAGAACCUAAUUGCAUGUGGUGUCUGGUCGCUGGUGCGAAUGUCGUUGCUCUUGAUUGUAAAUUUCUCUUCCUACCUCGAAAAGUUGUCAACUCUCCUUAUGACCGUCGGUCGCUCAGCCCCGCGUUACCAAAGAAUGGCCUUGCUCUAUUCCAGAUCCAAGGAUCUACAAUCGCAUCUGUCUGAAUAUUUCAUUGUAGUCGUUCGUCUUUGUCAUCAGCUGUUGAAGUUCACACAGAAGUCAAUGUUUGGGCAAAUUGCAUCUACUCUGAGCGACUCCGACAUGAAAACCUACCAAUCGGACCUCGACCUCUGGGCGAAGAUGAUUAAAGGGGAGGUGAACCUGCUGAUGGCUAAGAAGAUUGAGGAGGAAGCCGAAGAGAACUCCCGGUUCAGAGCUCUUUCGAGCAAGGUUUCCAAAUCUGUAUCGCUUCGGCAAAAGAUUAAGACAAACCUAUUUGUUCUCAAUAGUUGUUCCAUGUACGAUUAUGAGGCAACGUGGAAACAGAUUCGGAAGGUCGGAAACGCAACUCUAUUCAAUCGGACUGCUGAAUACCAGGACUGGAAAGGGCGAACAGAUUCCUGUACACUUAUGUAUACAGGCAAGCUAGGAUCCGGUAAGUCUGUUUCGCUGGCCAAUAUUGUUGAUGAUCUAAAUCUUCAUGUUCGAAAGAAGGAUAUUGUGGUGGCAUAUUUCUUUUGUCGGCACGACGUUUCCGAAAGCUUGAAAGCGCGGACAGUGCUCGGUUCCUUGGCUCGACAGUUGCUGCUCUCAGUUCCAGACCUUACAAUGGUGGUGGAACUCCUUGGUGAAACCUCUCCAGCACUGGAUUUCGAUGGGUUGUUCCGGUUGCUUCAGCGCGCCCUUCCACCUAAUUGCAAGGCGUACUUCAUCCUUGACGGGCUGGAUGAAUGUAACGAUGCUGAGAGAAACAUAAUGAUUUCCCAACUUCGGAAGCUCCAGGAGAUAUUUGCACUGCUUCUCUGUGUUUCACUCCGACUGGAGCCUAAUAACGCCUCGAAAAUGUGCUCAGAACAACUCACUGCCGCCAGGAUCACUUCAAUUCCUUACGACAACCCCGAUAUUGCGGCAUUUAUUGGGGCAGAGCUAGAGAGCUGCAUAGAGUCUAAAAAGCUGGUGAUAGGAAAUCCUGCCCUUAUACUGGAAAUACAGGAUGCUCUCCUGAAAGGAUCUCAAGGAAUGUUCCUCUGGGUAGUUCUUCAAAUCGAAUCCUUGUGCGCUAUGAAAACGGAUGGCGCCAUUCGUCAGGCUCUGGCCGAUCUUCCCAGAGACCUUUCAGAAACGUUCUCUCGUAUUCUGCGGAAAUCGGAAGGCUUAGGAAAGCCUUACCAGAAACUGAUACUAGAGCUUGUAACUGUGGCUCACCGUCCCAUGACAACGGAAGAACUUCGAGAAGCCUUAAGCGUAGUUCCUGGUGAUGCUGUUUGGAACCCGGCUAAGCUUCUCAAUGAUAUAUAUCUAACAUUGGCUUGCUGCGGAAGCCUCGUCACUGUCGAUGAAGAAGAGUUGACCGUACGACUGGUGCACCACAGCGUCAAGCAAUUCCUCCUUGACGGGUUUAAAGACUCAACCAACAUAUCAUUCACAAUGGACAGCGCAGAGACGAAGAUGGCGGAUAUUAUCGUUACCUACCUCAACUACGGCGUUUUCGAAACUCAGCUCUCCACUCUGGUAGUUCCACAGAUAAUGACUGGGUUAGUGCCAUCCAGGAUCAUUUGUUCGACCCUGGACUCGUCAAAUAGUGUUCGAAGUCUUGCACUGAAGCUCUUGAAGUUCAGCAAGCGGCCUGACUAUGACAUUGGCAAGACUCUUGCGGAAACAAGCACACUUUUCAGUUCUCGUUCAGUGGAUGAUUUUCACUUUUACGCUUAUGCAAAGUUAUACUGGCUACAGCAUAUUGGUUAUAUUUCAGAGCACGAGCCAGGUAUGUACGAUCUGCUGCUCAGACUGUUUAGGGGGAAUGCAGUGAACACAAAUGUAACAGAUGAAGAUGGCCAGACGCCGCUGUCGUCGGCCGCCAACAAAGGGCAUGAUGCGGUCGUUAAGGCGCUGCUUGAUUCCGGCAGAGUUGAUCCCAACCAAAGGGAUCUCACCGGGCAGACACCACUGUCAUCAGCGGCUAAGAACGGGCAUGAGGCCGUCGUUAGAGAGCUACUUGACUGUCACAGAGUUGAUCCCAACCAACGGGAUAGUGUAGGGCGGACGCCGUUCUGGUGGGCUAUUGAGAAGAGGCAUGAGUCCAUUAUAACGGUCCUACUCAACUCUAAUAAAGUUGAUAAAAACACAAAGGAUCAGACCGGGCGGACGCCACUAUCAUGGGCCGUUGAACACAAACACAAAGACGUCAUUAGAGUGCUGCUUAAUUCCAGCAAGGUUGAUGCCAACCAAAGGGAUGACAGAGGCCGGACGCCACUGUCAUAUGCGAUUAAGAACGGGCAUAAGGCCGUCAUUAGAAUGCUGCUUGAUUCUGGCAGAGUUGAUCCCAACCAAAGGGAUCUCACCGGGCAGACACCACUGUCAUCAGCGGCUAAGAACGGGCAUGAGGCCGUCGUUAGAGAGCUACUUGACUGUCACAGAGUUGAUCCCAACCUAAAGGAUCUCACCGGGUGGACGCCACUGUUAUGGGCUACUAAGAACGGACAUGAGGCCGUCGUUAGAGAGCUACUUGACUGUCACAGAGUUGAUCCCAACCUAAAGGAUCUCACCGGGUGGACGCCACUGUUAUGGGCCACUAAGAACGGGCAUGAGGCCGUUGUUAGAGAGCUACUUAACUGUCACACAGUUGAUGCUAACUUAGCGGAUGAUAAAGGGCAGACGCCGUUAUGGUGGGCCGCUAAAAUCGGAUAUGAGACUAUUGUUAGAAUGCUACUUGAUUCUGGCAGAGUUGAUGUUGACCAAGAGGAGAGUGAAAGGCAAACAGCGGUAUACUGGGCCACUAAAAAUGGACAUGAAACUGUGGUCCAGAUGUUACAGGAUCAUAAGAGAGCUGAGUCAGAAAAGGACAGCUUGUUCCGGUUUCCAUGGAGUGCAAGGACAACAGAACAGCAAGAGGUCAUAGGUUUAGCAUAUUGA